AUGGAAGACGAACCAGACACAACGCCACCCUCUCUCAUCCCACCAUUCCCAAGAGACUCACGCGGCUCCCUCGAAGUCUUCAACCCCUCCUCCUCCUCCACCUUCUCCACUUCCACCUCAUCUUUCCGCUCCCAACACACGUGGCAAAGCUGGAUAGACCCACAUGGUGGCACCACCCUCGAACCCGAGCCGGUACCCAAACUCACCUCCAAGUCCACCCGAGCCGACGACAUCACCACCUCAUGGUUGGCCCUCAAGGACGACGACGCCCCCCCAACAGCCCCAUCUCCACCGUCCAUUCACCACACAAUCUCCGCCGUCGACGGGAACGACAAGUCGUCUGCUCCCCCCGACGACGCCGCGCAGAGAGCCGCGGAGUGGGGGCUGGUGCUGAAGACGGACACCGAGACGGGGAAGCUGCAAGGGGUGGGCGCUCGGACCUCGGGAGGACCCGAAGACCCGAAUUCCAAACCGGGUCAGAGCGGCGCCGCUUCUUCUAGAAGGACAUCGAACAAUUCGGUUCAGAGCUCCGGCGAGUUCUCGUCCGAAGACGUCUUCGGAGGGAAAGAGAGAGGGAUACCGAGAGCUUCGAACGAUUUGAAAGACGCGCUGUCGACGUUUCAGCAGACGUUCGUGGUUUCGGACGCUACUAAACCCGAUUACCCGAUUAUGUACGCCAGUGCCGGGUUUUUCAAAAUGACCGGGUACACUUCCAAAGAGGUUAUCGGCAGAAACUGCCGGUUUUUACAAGGAGCGGGCACGGACCCGGAAGACGUGGCGCAGAUAAGGGAGGCUUUGGAAAGGAACACGAGUUACUGUGGGAGGCUACUGAAUUAUAAGAAAGAUGGGACCCCUUUUUGGAAUUUACUCACUAUUGCCCCCAUCAAGGACGAGACUGGGAAAGUUCUCAAAUUCAUUGGAAUGCAAGUGGAGGUGAGCAAGCAUACUGAGGGGUCCAAGGAUAAGAUGCUGCGUCCUAAUGGAUUGCCUGAGUCUUUGAUUCGAUAUGAUGCUCGUCAGAAAGAAAUGGCUUCAAAUUCAGUAUCUGAACUAGUGCAGGCAGUGAAAAGACCCCGGUCACUUAGCGAGUCAAUGAAUCACCCCUUGUUUAGAAAGUCAGAAGGUGGCCGGACAGAGGAGAGAACAGUAACGCUAGGGAGGAGAAACUCAGAGAGUGUGGCUCCACUUAGACGGAAUUCACGUGGGGAUCAUCCUAAAAUCUCAAUGCAGCGUAUCAGCGAGUUGCCUGAAAAGAAACAGAAAAAAACUAGCCGACUUUCUUUCAUGGGGAGGAUUAGGAAAAGUCGAACUAUUGAGGAAAGCUUUGACACUGGAGUUCCUGUGGAUACCUAUGAGAGUGACAAUGAUGAGGAGAGACCUGACAGUCUUGAUGACAAAGUAAGACAAAAGGAAAUGAGGAAGGGUAUUGAUCUUGCCACAACACUGGAACGUAUAGAGAAAAACUUCGUCAUUACUGAUCCGAGGCUGCCUGAUAAUCCCAUUAUAUUUGCAUCUGACAGCUUUUUGGAGCUUACAGAGUACAGUCGUGAAGAAAUAUUGGGAAGAAACUGCAGGUUCCUGCAAGGACCUGAGACUGAUCCAGCAACUGUGAGGAAAAUAAGAGAUGCAAUUGACAACCAGACUGAAGUUACUGUACAGCUCAUCAAUUAUACAAAAAGUGGUAAAAAGUUCUGGAACGUGUUUCAUCUGCAGCCUAUGCGUGAUCAAAAGGGGGAAGUUCAAUAUUUUAUUGGGGUACAACUAGAUGGCAGUGAGCACAUUGAGCCUCUGAACAACUCUAUUCCUGAAGAUACCGUAAAAGAGAGUGAAAAACUGGUCAGAGCAACUGCAGAAAAUGUUGAUGACGCAGCGAGAGAACUUCCUGAUGGAAAUAUGAAACCAGAUGAUCUGUGGAUGAACCAUUCAAAGGUUGUUCACCCAAAGCCUCAUAGAAAGAAUAGCCCCUAUUGGAGAGCCAUCGAAAAGAUUCUAGAUAGUGGAGAGCAGAUAGGAUUGAAACAUUUUAGGCCUAUAAAGCCCUUGGGAUCUGGUGAUACUGGCAGUGUACAUUUGGUGGAACUCUGUGGAACUGGCCACUACUUUGCAAUGAAGGCUAUGGAUAAGGGCGUCAUGCUCAAUCGCAACAAGGUGCACAGAGCUUGUGCAGAGAGAGAGAUCCUCGACAUGUUGGAUCACCCUUUUCUUCCUGCAUUGUAUGCAUCAUUUCAGACCAAAACACAUGUUUGCCUGAUUACUGAUUACUACCCUGGUGGAGAACUCUUUGUGCUUUUGGAUAGACAACCCACGAAGGUCCUUAAGGAAGAUUCUGUGAGAUUUUAUGUUGCAGAGGUAGUUGUUGCAUUGGAGUAUCUUCAUUGUCUGGGUAUAAUUUACAGGGAUUUGAAGCCUGAAAAUGUUUUACUUCAGAGCAAUGGGCAUGUGUCCCUGACAGAUUUUGAUUUAUCCUGUUUAACAUCUUGCAAACCGCAGCUUUUACUCCCAAGCAUAAACGAAAAGAAAAAACAACAUAAAGGUCAACAGAAUCCAAUCUUCAUGGCUGAACCAAUGAGAGCAUCAAAUUCCUUUGUUGGCACUGAAGAGUACAUAGCUCCGGAAAUCAUAACUGGAGCAGGCCAUACUAGUGCAGUGGACUGGUGGGCUCUUGGUAUUCUUAUCUAUGAAAUGCUCUAUGGCUAUACACCAUUCAGGGGAAAAACAAGGCAAAAGACAUUUGCCAAUAUUCUUCACAAGGAUCUUAAGUUUCCAGGAAGUAUAUCGGCAAGUCUUCAAGCAAAGCAGUUAAUGUAUCGGUUGUUGCACCGCGAUCCCAAAAAUAGACUGGGCUCACAGGAAGGAGCAAAUGAAAUUAAGCGCCACCCUUUCUUCAAGGGUGUCAACUGGGCUCUCGUCCGCUGCAUGAAACCUCCUCAACUCGAUGCACCUCUCUUUGCAAAAACUGAAGCCGAAAAGGAAGCAAAUGCUGUGGAUCCUGAGAUGCAAGAUUUACAGACAAACAUUUUCUAA